AUGCUGGGCAGUGCCUGCUUCCCCCAUGCCAGUCGCUGGCCGGCUCCCCAGGCCUCUAUGGGAGGGUGGCUGGUCUCUCUUAAAAGUCCCCUGGCCUGGCGCGCCUCGUGCUUCCCACUCAGCCUCCUCCCAGCCACUGGAGGUCACGCUGAUUCCCCAAACGCCUUCUGCCCUGAGCCGGGGACUCCCUGUCACGCACCUACCUUGCCCGGCCUGAACAAGAGUCUGCGACAGGAACCCAGCUCGGGAGUGCAGAGGAAGCCAAGGGCCCGCACAGGUGAGAGGUUCUCGGCUCAGCUCACCCAGCCCGGGCUCAGCAGCAGCCUCAGAACGCACACGGGUGGCCCAUAG